CUUCCGGUCCCGCGGCCCUCACCGAAGAUGGCGGCGGUGGAGAAGCGGCGGCCGGCAGUGGCUCCGGUGGCCGGUUUCACCGACGGCGGCCGGCCGGCCGUGUCCCGCACAGCAGCAACGGCCGAGAGUGAGGAGGACUUCCUGCGGCAGAUCGGCGUGACGGAGAUGCUGCGCGCGGCCCUGCUGAAGGUGCUGGAGGCGCGGCCCGAGGAGCCGAUCGCCUUCCUGGCGCACUACUUCGAGAACAUGGGCCUGCGCUCGCCUGCGAACGGCGGCGCCGGGGAGCCCCCGGGCCAGCUCCUGCUGCAGCAGCAGCGCCUGGGCCGCGCGCUGUGGCACCUUCGCCUGGCUCACCAUUCCCAGAGGACAGCCUUCAACAACAACGUCAGCGUGGCCUACGCAUGCCUGAGCGCCAGCGGGCGCAAGAAGAAGCCGGGGCUGGACGGGCGCACCUACAGUGAGCUGCUCAAACGCAUCUGUCGGGACGGGGAGGCCCCCGAGGAGGUGGUGGCGCCCCUGCUGCACAAGAUCCAGUGCCGGGACCACGAGGCCGUGCCGCUGGACGUCUUCCGCGCUGGCAUGCUCACCUGCUUCGUGCUGCUGGAGUUCGUGGCGCGGGCCGGCGCCCUCUACCAGCUGCUGGAGGACCCCACCCUGGCUGUGGCUGACCGGCGCGUGGGCCAGGCCGUGCUGGACACCCUGGAGGGGGCCCUGCAGGCCAGCGACGCAGCCACCACACCCUCCCGCUACCUGGAGGCUGGCUCACGCCUGGGCCCCGACAGCCUGGCACUGGCCAUGGACCGCGCGCUGGGGGCUCGGCGGCCCGGCUCCCCGAUGACCCGGGAGGAGUUCCUGGAGAAGGCUGCUGCCCUCUUCAUUGCCAAGGUCAAGCCGGUGGCCUGAGCCACGCACACGUUACCUGCUCCACCUGCACAGCUGGGGGCUGUGCGAGGACCUGCUCCUGGGCGGAACCCCGGUCUGGGACCAGGACCGGAAGGUCCCUGCGUGCGGGGGCGCAGGGAGUCCUCCCACCCCCACCUUCCAGCCUGGACUCGUGCCCCUUCAGAGGGGAGGCCGAGGGUCCCAGGAAGUGGCACCCCCUCCCCUCAGUCCCACAAAGUCCCCUCUCAACAGUAAUAAAGUCUGUUCUCCAGGCUGA